UGCGUACCUCCAACUUCAAUGGAGCUUCGAGCACUCGGUUCAUUGUGAAAGGCAGCUCCAUCGACGAAUCGAGAACAGCAAUUGACAGCCCAACAUGGCCAUUACUCCCACAGAGUUCGCCAAGCGAACGGCGCAAUCGGCCAAUUGGGCGGAUGCAAAGAGGAGGGUUCUGUCGUCAUACCGCGAAUGGCUUCGAGCUGCUCCAGAGAUCCAAACUAUGUACUCGGUUACGCACCCAGUCUCGACCAUUAGGACCCGGAUACGACAGGAAUUUGAGAGGCACCGAUACGUGAACAAGCUCAGCGUGGUGGACGUUCUCUUGUUCCAGAGCGGCGCAGACUACCAGGAGACCAUGAACUUUUGGCGCCAGACCACCCACAUCAUGUCAUACUUCCCGGAGGAGAACUUCAGGGGAGAGAAGAGGCUACCGAAGAGCUUCAUGGAGGGGUUCCUGGAGGGCCGCAAUUAGACUAGAAAGAAGGAAGGUUUUGGUAUCAAAUCAAAGCAUGUUGCCCGUAUGUACAUAAACAAGUGUGAAGAAUGCGACAGUCUCUUUUUUGUCUUUUUCCAUGCCAGUCCUGCCCAAUUACGCCUCUGAACGCC